UAGAAGGGGCCUCAGGGUCCAGACAGCUGUAUAUAGACUUCAAUGAAUCCUCCUUCCACUUCCAAAUGUCACUCCAUGGAUUCCUUUGGGCAACCCAGACCAGAAGAUAACCAGUCAGUAGUUAGCAGAAUGCAAAAGAAAUACUGGAAAACUAAGCAAGUCUUUAUCAAAGCAACAGGAAAAAAGGAGGAUGAGCACGUGGUGGCAUCUGAUGCUGAACUGGAUGCUAAACUUGAGGUUUUUCACUCCAUUCAAGAGACAUGCACUGAACUUCUGAAGAUAGUUGAGAAAUACCAGCUAAGACUCAAUGUUAUAUCAGAGGAAGAAAACGAACUAGGGCUCUUUUUAAAGUUUCAAGCAGAACGGGAUAUGACACAAGCUGGUAAAAUGAUGGAUGCUACUGGCAAGGCACUCUGUUCUUCAGCCAAGCAAAGAUUGGCCCUGUAUACGCCUCUGUCUCGUCUUAAGCAAGAAGUAGCAACUUUCAGUCAGAGGGCAGUAUCUGAUACCUUGAUGACAAUUAAUCGGAUGGAGCAAGCACGCACAGAAUACAGAGGAGCCCUGCUGUGGAUGAAAGAUGUAUCCCAAGAACUGGACCCAGACACCCUAAAACAAAUGGAAAAGUUCAGAAAAGUACAGAUCCAAGUGAGAAAUAGCAAAGCUUCUUUUGACAAGUUAAAGAUGGAUGUUUGUCAGAAAGUGGAUUUACUUGGAGCUAGUCGCUGCAAUAUGUUAUCUCACUCACUUACUACCUACCAGAGGACACUGCUUGGAUUCUGGGAAAAAACUGCUCGAUUGAUGUCCCAGAUCCAUGGGGCCUGUACUGGCUUUCUUCCAUACGAUUUUGUAGCUCUUAAGCAACUGCAAGACACUCCAAGCAAGCUUACUGAAGACCACAAAGAGCAAAUAGAAAGCAAUUCUCUCACUGAAAACCUCAAUAAGUUAGUUUUGUCAGAUGAGGAAGUGAGCUUGGGAAAUGAACCAGCAGCUGAAGAUCACAAGGAAAGACAUUUUCAAAUAAGAGAGUUUGGAGCACCUCAGUUUUCUAACUCUGAAAAUGUUGCAAAAGAUUUACCCAUAGAUUCACUGGAAGAUGAUUUUGAGAAGGAAUUCUCAUUUCUCAACAACCUCCUAAGUCCUGGUUCUUCAAGUACUGGUGAAUUUACCCAAGAAUGCCAGACUGCCUUUGGGAGCCCCGGCACAAGCUUCAUGUCGCAGGAGCCUGCCGUGGGGUCUGAGCCUCUUGCUCAUUCUUCAGGAUUCCUUCCUUCACAGCUCUUUGACCUUGGCCUUCAUGCUGCUGGAGCUUUCAACAGCUGGGCCUCCCAAGGGGGAUUAGAAGUUCCUCUUCCACACACUGAUGACCAGCCAGUGCCUUCACAGAGUACAAAGAAAUUAACAAAGUCUCCCAACAAUGGUAACCAAGACAUGUCAGCCUGGUUCAAUCUAUUUGCAGACUUGGAUCCACUUUCAAACCCAGAUGCUAUUGGACACUCAGAUGAUGAACUUCUUAAUGCUUGACUGAAAUUAUGUCGUCACUUCAGUGGCCUUGAGACAUCAAUUUUACAACAUAUUGCCUUUGUGGAAAGGAGUUUAUAUUGUAACCCAUACACAAAAGCAUCGUGUUUAUGAAUAUAACACUUUUCAGCCAACUUUAAGGAGAUGGUAAGGAUUACAUUUGAAUAGAUUAAGUAUUUCUUUAAUAUCUUGGAUUUGCAAUUGUUGAUAAUAAGUGGAAAAUAUUAUGAACUAUUGAGUCUGAAAUAGAUACCAAAAGUUAUUUCAAAAUAAUAGGUAGGAAUACUUCUGUAAAUAAGGAAUUGGGCUUAUUUAUUUGGAAAGCCUUUUACGUGUAAAUUGCCUUGCUGGCUGUGAGAAUUCUGUAUGUGGAUAAAGACAGCAUGUAAAUUGGGUUGUGAUUUAGGAUUGGUUUUUAAAUAAAACCAUAGUAGGGGGAAUUUUCUGUUGUGGAAAAUAGCACUAGAACCAGAUCAGUUUUGUCUUUAGUUAGAAAAAUAGAGUAAGAUUUGAGAACUCAGUUUGCUUUAAUGAAAUCACAGAGAAACUUGGUGCUUUUCUCCACUUGGAGGCUAAAAUGUAAUAUUACUUAGUUCUUUUCCUUCAUACAAAAUCAUGGACACCCCCCCUCCAAUCCCAUAUUGAAUUUUCAUGGGAAAGUAGCAGGAUGAUUUGUUUGCUAAAUCCAUCCUCUGUAGAAACUCAAACCCAUUUCCUAAACCACAAGAAUGUCCAGUAAUAUUCAAGACAUUGUACAGGUGUCUUUAGGCCUGGUUUUUCACACAUUGCUACCAUAAUGUACAGUAUUCAUAUUCUUUCUGAAAAGAAAAGGGGAGAAUAAUCCCUAAGCAACUGGCAAUAGUAUUCCUGAAAUUACCCUGAAACUUCUGUCUGAAUGAGGGAAAAAUUCUAAGCUUAUCCUUGUACAUAUUUGUACAAUCAUAACCUAUUUCUUGAUGUGAUUUAAUCCAGAUUACUUUUCUGGUAGUCACAGAAGACUCUACAUAUCAGAAAGGGUCUUAUUUUUCCACUUUUCCCUCCCUUUCUGUGGGUGACAUAAUCUGAGGCUCUAUUUGAUUACUGAGGAAAAACCCUUACUGGACGAAGUUAGUGUAGGCCAAUGAACCCAUAGACACUGUAUAUGCAUAUCACUCAAUUUCCUGUUCUUUUUUCUUGCCCAUCCUUCAGAUUUGAGGCAGUGCUUCGGGUGUCUUAUUUUUGUCAUCCAGUUCCUUGCAUCUCCAUAAGGGAACAUUUUAACUAAGUUGUUCACAGCUGUUUCCGUGUGCUCCUAGUUUUAAACAGGUUUAUUUAUUGUUUACAAGAGAAUGGCUUGUAAUAUCUGAGUCACUGUAAAAUAGAACACUUUUAAGAAAUGGACCAGAGUGGGUAAAGUGCAGUCCGCCUCCAUGUACCACAUUCAGGCCUAGCUACAUCAUGAACUGCCCACUGGCUCUCCAGAAAAUCUCUAGUAUGGUGUAGUAUGACAUAGGCUGGAAAGACCUUAUCUGAGGGUCAGAAAUACGGACAGAAAUGUUAUAUAGUCUAUUCAUGCUUAUUGCUAUAUCUUUAUUUGGUUAUCCUUUUAGUCAGAAGCAUUUCUACCACUUCCUUUUUAUUCAGUGAAAUUCUCCAGAAGAUUCAAUCACCAAGGUUUGUGAUUCAUAAUCACAAUCUAAAUUAUAAAUGUUUGGUGACUCUGUGCACUCAACUUUGAAUACUUCAAAAAAAUGCUUUGUAUCUUGAGCUUGUGCCAUUUUUCUUUCACUGAUUCUAUUUCACUAAUGUAUUAGUUAAAAAAUAUUUGCCUAUUUCCCUUCACAUGCAUGCAAAGUCCCUGUUACCUCAAAUAAACAAAGACACCUUAACAGGAAAACUACUGAUCUCUCCAAGCCAGAUGCCUGAAUCCCAGAUUAUCAAUGUAUUCACAUUGCACUCAAUUUCCAAAAAACAAAAGUCCUCAAAAAAAUAGAAAUGCACAAUAGGUUUUUGUUACUCAGUUCUUAGAGUAUCUUAACAUUUCUUCUCUCAGAGUAUGUAGUUGCCCAUUUAAUCCAAAAGCAACAUUAACUGCCUUAGCAAGUUCAGUUAUAAUAUCAACAAAUCUCACAACUCCGUUUUUGAAGAGCACAUUGAAAACUUUGUUAUUAAAAUGAAGGUAAUCAUAGUUUUUUAAGAUUAAUUAUUUGAAGUUCAUUCACUGAGAGGCCAGAAACAGAAAUCUGGCUAUUUAUUCCUAGAUUGUUAAUAAAGGAAAUGAACCACUCACUCAGGAAGGAGUAAAGGAAGGACCCGAUAAACAUAGAACAGAAAGGUGAUCACUUGCUAUUUGUCUAAAUCUAGAUCAAACACUCAAUAAGAAAUAACCUUAACCAGAGGUAGACUGAGAACUCUUUCAAAGUAAAUGGAUGUUUUUAUAUUAAAUGGGGGAAAACAUCUCCUGUUUUUUAAUACCAAAAAAGAAUGCAUUUAACCUUAGAAAAGCCCCAGAAAAACUAAAAUUUGUCUAAUCUUUCUUACAACUUUACAAGUGAGACAGGAAUACCAGGGCAUAUUAAGAUCAGAUUGGUGUAACUUUGUAUUUUUUGAAAUCCUACAUUAACUGUAAAACAGCUCUGAUAUGGUUAGAAACAAACUGUAUUUAAAAAAAAAUAGGUUUCAGUAUUUGCACAAUGAAAUUCAGUGUUUGUAUUUCAACUAUGGAUAUUUAUUUCACAUAACUAUCUUUAUAGACUGUCCAGAAAUGUAGAGGUCUUACAGCAUAAGAACAAGGGAAGUUUGUGCUCUAUUUUUCUGAGCUUCUUUUAAUAAAGAUCAUAAAACAGCAUAAAACAGAAAAGUUGUUUUCCUAAAGUAUUAAAUAUAAAUCAAUUAUUGUUAACUUAUUCAAAAAUUUGAGUUUUACACCUCAGGACCAUAGUAGUAAAAAGGUAGUUUGAAUUGAUAUAUAGAUAACACAGAAUGAAAAUA